UCUUCAAAGAUAACAAAUGGUCACUGAUGUCCUUCACCCUGGGAAAGCAACAGUACCCCAGACAGAAAUUCGGGAAAAACUUGCCAAAAUGUACCAGACUACACCAGAUGUCAUUUUUGUGUUUGGAUUCAGAACCCAUUUUGGUGGUGGCAACACAAUUGGCUUUGGCACGAUUUAUGAUUCCUUGGAUUAUGGGAAGAAAAAUGAACCCAAACAUAGAUUUGUAAGACACGGCCUGUAUGAGAAGAAAAAGUCAUCAAGAAAGCAGCGGAAGGAACGCCACAACAGAAUGAAGAAAGUCAGGGGCACUGUUGGUUGA